GGGAGAAGGAGGGAUGGAGGGGAAAGGAGAAAGGGAGAGGUCGUCAGUGGAUGUUGGCCAUUGUAAAUGCAGUGGGCAUUCAGUCUUCAGCCUUACUGGGCAUCUGGUCCAGCUGUUUUCAAUUCAAGGCCACUUAAGAUUAACAAACCGGAGUGGAGACAGGAGAGGUCACACGCUCAGGCCAGAAUGAAACCCCAGGUUGGGUUCUCCCCGUCAGCGCCUUCUCGCAUGACUAACGGCUCCAGUGUUCUAAUGGAACACUAACUGGCUCCAGGGCUCUGACCACGUCAUCUGGAAAAAGGGGAGCGGACCAGAUGGGAAGUGGUCAAACAAUGGAUGGCUGUUGUGUUCUUUCCAUGGUCAUCAUGGUCUCCAUCAUGCCUGGUUUGGGAGGGAGUGAGCUGAGAAUGUCCAGACAGGAACUGAGGGACAGCCAGCAGUCGGAAGCCCUCGGUGGAUCCCGACCCAGAGCCAAACGUGACUGGAUCUGGAAACAGCUGUUUGUUGAGGAAGAGGAUCCGACACCGAAAAUAAUUGGCCAGCUGAAAUCAAACUUUGACAAAGGAGACUUUACAAUCAAGUACUUCCUGUCUGGAGAGGGAGCCGGAGAGGUCUUCAGCAUCGACGAGUACACCGGUGACAUCCAUACUCUGAAGAGCCUGGACAGAGAAGAAAAGGCCUUCUACGUGCUCCAAGCCCGCGCCAUUGACCGCAGGACUGGCCAGCCGGUGGAGACCGAGUCUGAGUUUAUCAUCAAAGUCCAGGAUAUCAAUGACAAUGCCCCGGAGUUCAUAAAUGAGCCCUAUGUGUCCAGUAUUCCAGAGAUGAGUCCGAUGGGGACCACGGUGAUCCAGGUGACAGCCACGGAUGCAGAUGACCACAUGUUUGGGAACAACGCCAAACUCAUCUAUUCCAUCCUGCAGGGAGAGCCGUACUUCUCAGUAGAACCCAAAACAGGUAUAAUCGUGACCUCAUGGCCAAACAUGGACAGAGAAGCGAGCGAGCAGCACCUGGUCGUGGUUCAGGUGAAGGACAAGCUCGGAUAUUCUGGAGCUUACAGCGCCACGACGACAGUGACCAUCACCCUCACUGACGUCAAUGACAAUGGACCUACCUUCCAACACAACUUGUACACGUUCGCCUUAGCGGAGUCAGCUCCGGUGGGCACGACGGUGGGCAGAGUGAUGGCAGAGGACGACGACAUUGGGGUGAACGCCAGAAUGAAUUACAGUCUAGACGACCUGGAGGAGAGCGCCACCUUCAGGGUCCAAACAGACCCUGUCACUCAAGAGGGCAUAGUGACGCUGGCCAAACCUUUAGACUAUGAGAGCAAGAGGCGCUUUGCCAUCGCCAUAGAGGCCAUCAAUGACCACGUGGACACCAGAUUCCUGAGCUACAAUGAAUUCCGUGACAAGACAAUGAUUAAAAUCCUGGUGACAGAUGUGGAUGAACCUCCAAUCUUCUCCGUUCCUUUCUUUGAAUGGAAGGUUCCAGAAAACGCACCUGUGGGUACGCAGGUUGGCACGGUCUACGCAAGAGAUACAGAUGCAGUCAACAAUCCCAUCAGAUAUUCCAUAUCCAUGAGCAGUGACUUGAGGAAAGUUUUCCGGAUUGACCCCCACAAUGGGACAGUGUCAGUGGCCAAACCUUUGGACCGAGAGACAGCAGCCUGGCAUAAUCUCACUGUCACAGCCAAAGAAACGAAGGAAAAUCAACUCUCCUCUACAGUGUCUGUGGCCAUCAAAGUCCUGGACAUCAAUGACAACAUACCGACUCUGUCCCAGGACUACCAGCCCUAUGUGUGUGAGGGCACACAGGCUGGAGAGCUCAUCCAGAUGAUCAGUGCUGUGGACGCAGACAACCCAAUGGAAGGCCAUCACUUUUAUUUCUCUAUGGUGCCAGAUAAACACAUCAACCCCAACUUCACCAUCAGGGACAACCAAGACAACACAGCGAGCAUCCUGACGCGUCGUAGCACGUUUACCCGUCGCGACCGGGUGCUGUAUCAUCUCCCUGUGGUCAUAAUGGACAGCGGCUCUCCUGCCCUGUCCAGCACCAGCACCCUCACCAUCAGCGUGUGUGCCUGCCAGCCUGCAGGACACUGCCCAUCAGGAGGAGUUGAGGCACUGGCCCUUUCUAUGGGCCUCAGCACACAGACCCUACUGGGCCUGUCUGUGUGUCUCAUCAUGCUCAUAGUGCUGUCCUUACUAAUGCUCGCAGUGUGGAGACACAGGAAGCUGGCGCAGCAGAAGCUGGCUGCCCAGGAGCUGGACACAGAGGAGUAUCAUGAGAAAGUUGUACACUACGCCGAGGUCAACGCUGGUCAGGAUGUAGCCGUCUCCUCCAGCCAGCCGGUCCCGCUGAGGCCCCACCCGCGGCGCCGCGAGCGCAGACUCCGCAGGGAGGAAGUGACCGCCAGCAUUCGCAUGUCCCUCCGACACUCGCAUAUCAUCGGGCCCGAGGACGAGGUCUUCCGGCAGUUCAUCAUGGACCGGCUGGCCGAGGCCGACGAGGACCCCUACGUGCCGCCGUUUGACUGCCUGCGUACGUACGCCUUCGAGGGGACGGGGUCACUCACUGGCUCCCUGAGCUCACUGGAAUCCUCGACGUUUGACCCCUGUGUGGAUCGACCCCAUGACAGCGGGCAGCGUUUCAUGAGACUGACUCCGUGGCAAGGAGCUGGAGAGGAUGAGACGUCGUUCUGAACUGAGGAGAAAUCAUUUACAGUGUAUUAGUGGCACCUGCCUGCUACCUGGCCAUUUUAUCAGAAACACCUGCUAUACAGGGUGUACAAUUCAUCAGCCACAUUGUGCUUCAUUCCAUCAACAGUAGCGGACCCCUGGUAAUGGACCACCAUGCUAGUGUGUGUUGUGCUGGUAUGAGUGUAUCAUAGUGUUGAUGGGCUCUUUUUUCUAAA